AGGAGAAACUGGUCCCAAAGGUCAUACAUGUGACUGGACUUUUGACUCUCUUUCAGUUCUGUUUUUCUUAUAUGUGUUUGCUUCUUGUCCCCCAACCAUUCCCGGAUCCCCUUUCUCACUUGAGCUUUGACGUGAACCACAGAAUACAGAGUUUCAGAAACAUCAAAACUCACCUCUGAGUUUUCUCACCCAUCCACAGAAUACAGGAAGGGGAACUCACAUGGAAAGUUUUCUUCCUGCAGCCCUGGGAGAGCUCAUGGCUCGACACAUAAACUUCAUCAUCAACAAGUGCUUCAAGCCGCACACAAUGGUCAUGGAGGAAAGCCUACAAAGGGCUCUUCUCCGAGCACAGGUCAUCGAUGAGGAGGCCAUGGGACGGCAAAUCACAAAUCAAGCCAUGAUCCAGCAGCUGGGCAUGCUGAGAGAUGCCAUGCACCGAGGCUAUUACGCGCUCGAUGCCUUCAGGUACCAGCCUCACUGUGGAGAGGACUGCAAUGAUCCAGCUAUUAGGGGCAUGCUAUCCCUAUCCAAGGUACCCUCUCCAAAGGAACCCUAUUUCUUCAGUCAAACUGCGCAGUCCCGGGUACAACUACAAGAUGCACUUGACGGAUUGAGUUCCAUGAUUGUUGAUCUAAAUGAGUCAGUCAUGUUCUUGAUGAGCUAUCCUCGUCUGUACCGCCAACCUUACAGCAUGCAUAUCCUACUGGCUAACUGCAUGUUUGGUCGCCAUAUGGAAGCAGAACUUGUUGUUAAAUUUCUGUUGCACACACCCCCUCAUUGCUCUCGAGAAUUGGAGGUCAUGCCAAUUGUCGGGCCACCCAGAGUCGGCAAGAGUACCUUAGUAGCUCAUGUUUGCAAGGACGAAAGAGUCUGUGAUUAUUUCUCAGAAAUCUUGUGGUUGUGCGAGUCUGAUUUUACAAGUGAUGAGCUAGCUGGCAGACAAGGGUGUGGAAUGAAACGCCACAAUUGUAUGCCAAACUUGAACAGAGGCAAGAGAUUGCUUGUUGUUGUUGAACUGUGUGGAAAUCUAUAUGAAGAUGCAUGGAAUAGGCUGUACCUUGUUUCCAAACGGAGCUUUCCUAGUGGUAGUAAAAUCAUAGUCACAAGCCAUUCAGACACGAUUGUAAAGUUUGGAACAACACCGGCUCUAACUCUGAAGCCUCUGUCCCAUGAGGCGUACUGGUAUUUCUUCAAGGCUCUUACGUUUGAAAGCAUGGAUCCCAAGAAGCAUCCAACGCUUGCACAGCUUGCAAUGGAGAUAGCUAGAAUGUUGCAUGGUUCGUUCCAUGGUGCACACAUCACAUCUUAUUUGCUGAGGGAAAAAUUUAACAUACACUUUUGGUUCAAGUUUAUGUGCUUCUUGAGAGGGUUCAUCCAGAAGCAUGUCUCCGAGAUCGGUGUGAAUCCAUUUGAUCUUCUGAACCAAAAUAGACCUGUACGACAUGGAAGAAUGGCUACACCUUCCGAAGAUUUAAUAGUUUGUCAUCAGUAUCACCGUUCUUCACAAGAGGAGGUUCCGGAGAUAAGGAUCCAAGAUGUGCUGUAUGGAAGCACUAAGAGACAUGGAAAAUUUGAGGUCCUAGUAUGGAGAUCUCAGAUACCCCCUUACUACAGCUAUGUCAAUGUUUGUGAGAUUCGAGAGCGUAAAAUUACAGGUGCCAAGAGGAAGCACCCUAUGAAAGAUAGAACUACUUUCUGAUAAUUUUGUAAUUUUUCUGGUUUAUGCAGGAACACACACACAUUCAUCUUAUAUUCACUUUGAGCCAAUUAUGAAGUGUAACUGUUAUGUUUUCAUAUCUGAAGUGUAAGUGUUUAUCUACAAAAUAACACAUGAGCCAGAGUUAUAUGUUUUCAUGGACUACAGUGAAUCAUUUCAUGUGCUUUGUUUUA